UGUUAGGAGAGGGCGUACUGUGAAGCAGGCGGGGGACCCGUACCCAGACGCCGGUUCUUGCUCAAGGCAGAGCGGUCGGGCGAGCGGGGGAGCCAUGGAUCAGGACCAGGCGAGGAUGGCGAGGGGGCCGAAGUUGACGCGAAAGGAAUGGGUGCGUUGACCAAAAGCGGAGCGAGGGGGAUGGCUUUGCGUCGGCGAGGGCGCUCCAGAAUGGGAUUUCUCGCGUUUCAAGAGCAUCUCCUCUUACUGCUCUGCGCAAACUUCUUCCCUGCAUGCAGCCACGUUGAAACUCGAGCCCACGCAGAGGAACGCCUCCUGAAGAAACUCUUCUCUGGGUACAACAAGUGGUCCCGGCCAGUGGCCAAUAUUUCGGACGUGGUCAUUGUGCGCUUUGGAUUGUCCAUUGCACAGCUUAUAGAUGUCGAUGAAAAAAACCAAAUGAUGACCACGAACGUGUGGGUGAAACAAGAGUGGCAUGAUUAUAAGCUGCGCUGGGAUCCCGAGGAGUACGAAAACGUGACUUCUAUACGAAUUCCUUCUGAGCUCAUUUGGAGACCGGACAUUGUUCUCUACAACAAUGCAGAUGGGGAUUUCGCAGUCACCCACCUCACCAAAGCCCACCUGUUCUACGACGGGCGGAUCAAAUGGAUGCCUCCGGCAAUCUACAAAAGCUCCUGCAGCAUCGACGUCACUUUCUUUCCCUUCGACCAGCAAAACUGCACCAUGAAGUUUGGCUCGUGGACUUACGACAAGGCCAAGAUAGAUCUGGAGAGCAUGCACCGCCAUGUAGACCAGUUGGACUACUGGGAGAGUGGAGAAUGGGUGAUCAUCAAUGCUGUGGGCAACUAUAACAUCAAGAAGUAUGAGUGCUGCUCGGAGAUCUACCCUGACAUCACCUAUUCCUUCAUCAUCAGACGCCUUCCUCUCUUCUACACCAUCAACUUGAUCAUCCCCUGCCUUCUGAUCUCUUGCUUGACUGUCUUAGUCUUCUAUUUGCCUUCAGAAUGCGGGGAGAAGAUCACUCUUUGCAUCUCAGUCCUUCUGUCUUUAACUGUCUUUCUCCUCCUUAUCACCGAGAUCAUCCCCUCCACCUCAUUGGUCAUCCCCUUGAUUGGAGAGUACUUGCUCUUCACUAUGAUCUUUGUCACCUUGUCCAUCAUCAUCACCGUCUUCGUGCUCAACGUCCACCACCGCUCCCCUCGCACUCACACCAUGCCGGAUUGGGUGAGGAAGGUCUUCCUCGAUGUCGUCCCACGCCUUCUCUUCAUGAAGCGUCCUUCAACAGUGAAGGACAACUGCAAGAAGCUCAUCGAGUCCAUGCACAAGAUAGCCAACUCUCAACGCUUUUGGUCCGAGACGGAAGUAGAACCCAACUUCACUACCUCGUCAUCCAACAGCCCUCAGAGCAACGAGCAAUCUCCCACCUCCUCUUUUUGUGCCCAUCUCGAUGACCAAGCAAAACCACCUCCGGUGUGCAAGUCACCAUCUGGGCAGUAUUCCAUGUUGCACCCGGAGCUGAUUCGGGCCAGUUGUACAUCCCUCCAACCUCCCUGUCACCCUCUGGGAGACUCUCAGUCCAGCUCAAUCUCCAAAGGCAGGUCACUCAGUGUCCAGCAGAUGUACAGCAGCCCAGUGAAAGCAGAAGAAGGGACCAUACGUUGCCGGUCGAGGAGCAUCCAAUAUUGCUACUUGCAAGAGGAGUCGUCCCAGACCAAUGGGCAAUCCAGCGGGUCCCCAGCCUCCCAGCGCUGCCAUCUCAACGAGGAGCAGCCCAAAGCCAAACCCACUCACUGUAAAUGCAAAUGUAAAAAACCCGAGUCAGCCAGCACCUCAGGGCAAGGGAACAAGACUCUUGGCACGAAAGACCAGCAGCUUUUGCUGAUGUCGCCGGCCUUGAAGUUGGCUGUGGAGGGGGUCCAUUAUAUUGCAGACCACUUGAGAGCAGAAGAUGCAGAUUUUUCAGCAAAGAAGAGGCCUUAUCACAAUGCAAGGAUACAUCUCAGGCUGGCAAAAGCACUCAAGGUGAAGGAGGACUGGAAGUACGUGGCAAUGGUCAUUGACAGAAUUUUCCUCUGGAUGUUCAUCAUUGUUUGCUUGCUGGGGACUGUGGGCCUUUUCCUACCUCCUUGGCUGGCAGGAAUGAUCUAGGAUCCAAACAACUCUGGAAAGGAAUCCGUCGCAUCCCAUUCAACCGAUUCCAAUCCACCUGGAAGGGGCAAAGCUGAACGCUGGAGACGGCUGCUACGAACGAUUUACUGUAAUGUCUGUGCAUGAACCAUUCCCGGGGAGUUCCAAGGAUGCCUUCCAAGGUUGCAUCACUUGCCUAAGCCAUCUUCAUCUUCUAUAUCUCU